AUCUCUCCCUCUCUCUGUCUCUCUCACUUAAAAACAAAGAUAGACAAAAGUAGGAGGAAAAGAAAAGGAAAAAGAAGAGGAAAAGGAAAAGUCGGGACUAGGUAUAUGGCAGCAUCAGCAGAAGCAGAGAAAGUGGUGAUCACUCAGCCGGUGACUUUCGUCACCGGCAACGUUAAGAAGCUGGAGGAAGUACGAGCCAUCAUCGGCCAGUCCAUUCCCUUGCGAUCUCUGAAGAUUGAUCUACCUGAGCUGCAAGGAGAACCAGACGCGAUCUCCAAGGAAAAAGCCCGUUUGGCUGCUGAAAAGGUGAAAGGUCCAGUGUUGGUGGAGGACACUUGUCUCUGCUACAAUGCCCUCAAGGGUCUUCCAGGGCCAUACGUGAAGUGGUAUCUGGACAAGACUGGUCUCCAAGGUUUGAACAAUUUGUUAGCUGCAUAUGAGGAUAAAUCGGCUUAUGCAUUAUGUACAUUUUCUUUUGCUCUUGAUGCGGAAUCAGAGCCUCUGACAUUUCUUGAGAAAACUAUGGGAAAAAUAGUUCCUCCAAGGGGACCCAAGGAUUUUGGAUGGGAUCCAAUAUUUCAACCUGAUGGCUAUGAGCAAACUUUUGCGGAGAUGCCAAAGGAAGAAAAGAACAAGAUUUCUCAUCGCUACAAGGCUCUUUUAUUGGUGAAAGCCCAUUUUACUGAUUCUGGGUAUGCGUUUGAGAUUGAUGACUCUAAGAAGAAUGAGCAAAAUUUAUCUGACAAGAUUAAGAAUGAUUCUUCUGUGGAGAAUGAGAAAGAUGUCUCUACCCCUAACAAGAGGAAAAGGGAGGAGGAUGAUGGAGUUGCAGAAGGGACAGAAAAGGAAGAAGCAUCUGGAAAAAAGGCUAAGGUGGAAGAGAAGUAGCUCUUCUUCUGGGAUGUAGUCACUGAGGAUCUUGGGAUAAGUUUUACUACUUUUUGGUUGUGUAGUCAAAUACAGUAUUUUAUCUAGUAAAAAAUGUUGGAGAUUUCAGUGUCUCCUUGUGGAGUCAAAAUUAUGUCAUUUUAAAGAUGUAAAAGCUAUGAGUUUUGGAGCGGUAGAAUUACUCUUGUAGUCAAUGUGAAACUUGGGGAAGAUCCUAUACCUGCUAUUAGUUUUUAGUAAAUAUGUUUCUUCUUAAGAGUUAA